CCUGAAACAGUAGGACACAGAGAACGAUGAAACAAUGGAUGGGAGUGGGAAGUGUUUUGAUCAGAGGUUAGGAAUGAGGGCCAGCAGUUCUAGAACUGAGGAAAGCCUUUCAGAGCUUUUUAAGUUGUCCAUUACCAUAGCAACCCCUGUGAAGCUAGAGCUCUUGGAGAUCAUAGAAUCAUAGGGUUUCAGAGUAGGGAGGGACCUGGGAGACCAUCUGGUUCCUGAAGUUGAAGAGAAGGAAAUGAAAACCAAGAGAGUUUAAGUGACUUGUACAAAGUCACACACAUAAUGAUCAUGGAUGCCAGGCCCUGCUAAGAGUGGGCUAGACAUGGCUGCCACACUGCGAAUCCUCCCUGGCUUUGCGCGCGCUCGCCCCACUGCAGUACUUUGGGGGAGUCCAGCUUCCUGGUCUACUAGCAACGUGGCUCUGGUAGAGCAUGCUUGGAAAAUGUUUGAGGGUGCAGUGGGGGUCGUGAUGCCAGGCCCCAUGUUACACCGGGUCCUGGCACUGGACACAGAGACUGGACAGCUGAAGGUUCGGGACAGAAACUUCCAGCUCCACCACAAUCUUUACCUGGUAGGCUUUGGCAAAGCUGUGCUGGGCAUGGCGGCAGUGACAGAGGAGCUACUGAGUGAACACCUGGUUCAGGGUGUGAUCAGCGUGCCCAAGGGUAUCCAAGAAGCUAUGGAACAUACUGACAUGAAGGAGAUGCUGCUGAAGCCAAACAGCUGUAUCCAAGUGUUUGAGGGAGCAAAGGACAACUUGCCUGAUGGGAAUGCCCAGCAGGCUGCACUGGCCAUCCGGGACUUAGCAGAGAAGCUGACAGCUGAUGACCUGCUGUUGGUCCUUAUCUCAGGGGGAGGCUCAGCCCUGCUUCCUGCUCCAAUCCCCCCAGUUACUCUAGAAGAGAAACAGUUGCUCACCAAGAUGCUGGCAGCUAGUGGUGCCACAAUUCAGGAGCUAAAUACCAUACGUAAAGCCUUGUCCCAACUCAAGGGUGGGGGCCUGGCCAGGGCUGCUUACCCUGCACAGGUGGUGAGCCUGAUUCUGUCAGAUGUUGUGGGAGAUCCUGUGGAUAUUAUUGCGAGUGGUCCCACAGUAGCAAGUAACCACACCGUUCAGGAUUGCCUGCAUAUCCUCAGCCGGUAUGACCUCCGUGGAGUCUUGCCACGAUCUAUCAAGACGGUGCUAUCCCGGGCUGACUCAGAUCCCCAUGGUCGUUCUGGCUGUGGCCAUGUCCUCAAUGUGAUUAUUGGCUCCAAUUCCCUGGCUCUGGCUGAGGCCCAGCGUCGUGCUGAGGCCCUGGGUUACCAGGCUCUGGUUCUAAGCAGAGUCAUGCAAGGUGAGGUGCGUCGCGUGGCUCGAUUCUAUAGGCUUCUGGCUCAGGCAGUUUGUGUCCGCCUCUCCUCUAAGGUUAUGAGGACCAACAAGGAGGAAGAUGAGCUUCAGGACCUGGUAGAAGAGCUACAACUCUCAGACCUGAACUUGGAGGAAGUCCUGGAGGCUGUGGAGGGGGCCAAGGGCCCUGUCUGCUUUCUGGCUGGAGGGGAGCCCACAGUACGGCUGCAGGGCUCAGGCAAGGGCGGCCGAAACCAAGAGCUAGCUCUUAGGGUGGCUGUAGAGUUGAGUGGGUCUACAAUAAGUGACUGGGGGGCUCUCUUCCUGAGUGGUGGAACUGAUGGGCAGGAUGGUCCCACAGAGGCAGCGGGGGCCUGGGUCACCCCAGGGCUGGCCACUGAGGCAGCAGUAGAGGAUCUGGAUAUAAUGGCUUCUUUGGCCAACAAUGAUUCCAAUACCUUUUUCCGACACCUGAAGGGUGGUGUCCACCUUCUUUGUACUGGGUUGACUGGCACCAACGUCAUGGAUAUUCACCUACUGCUCCUCCGGCCCUGCUGAUAGGGACCAGGGUCAAUAUAGGUCUCAACAUUUCCUCCAGUCCUAUGAGAUAUUUGGAAAAGACCUUAUAACUAGGGCUGGAACGUGGGGCUGGGCCCCACAGGAAUUUGGUCCCAGGGCCUUAGUUCCUUGUGUGGAAUUCCCUGGGCAACUCCAGGUCUUGAUAGAGUGGUGCCUACAGGAAAGUACUAGGGAACAGAGAGCACUCAGCAGAUCCAUUGCUGACUUGUUAGGUCUUUAUUGUAGUCUGCUUCCCUUGUGGGUCACUCCUCUGUCUCAAGGUACCACCCACCCCACAUUCUAGUUGUUUUUCCCCAAAACACAGUCUGUUUGCUGCCCUGGGAGAAGUAGCGAUUGUGGCAGUAGGACAUUCCAACAAGUCACUACUCCUCUGCUAACUAUCUUCUCUUAACCCUGCCCUGGGUCAUUCUUCCACCUAGCCUGCUAUUACCCCAAGGGUUGGUGAUGAAAAAAAAGUGUGACUCAAUGUUUGGGAAAGGGUGUGAAAAUAAAAAGGAUGAAUUCAUUGGCUAA